ACAUCACACUGUUUACACUGUAGCGUGCUCAGCUAGCGCCAACUAAUGACCUGCGUUUAACCGCUCCGCUGACAUCCACCUCCUCCAAGGCUGAUGUUUCAUGUAAAAACCGUGCCUGCCCUGACACGGGCAGGGGCGGACAUUGCCUUUAAACGCGUAUGCUCCAGCCGAAGACUCCGGUCCACCGUCACCUCCACCUCGGUGACCCAGACGGAGCCGCAGGACGAUGUCAGCAGCCGUGGCGGCGCUCGACAUGACUCGGCACGGUCGGAGUGUCCCGGACAGCCGGGGAGCGGAGGAGGGAGAGGAGGCACCACCACUGCUACUGCUAAUGAGAUCUCCGUAGACUUUGACCAGACACGGGAGGCUUAUAAGAGUAAAGACUCAUUAGAGCUGCUCAGAAGUUUGGUGGUUUUUAAACUCUGCUCCUAUGACUUCCUGGUUGAUAAGAAUAAAGAGAUAAUGGAUCUAGGUAAGAAGAUCAUGGGCCAAAAAGGCUUCAAUCAGUUCAUGAAGAUGACAUUUUAUGGCCAGUUUGUAGCUGGUGAGGACCACAUGGCCAUCAGGCCGCUGAUCCAGAAGAAUCAGGCCUUUGGCGUUGGCUCUGUCUUGGACUACAGUGUGGAGGAAGACAUCACCCAGAAGGAGGCGGAGCAGAAAGAGAUGGACUCAUGUGUAUCCACUGCAGAGAAAGAGAGCAUAGGUAAGCUGCCUCGUUUGUUCUCAUUUGUGGACACAGUAUAUGAUGUAAUUAGAAGUAAUAGGCAUGCAAAUUUGUUUUCCCCCCCAGGCGGGGACCACAGAGAGAAAAAAUAUAAAGCGCACAAACAGUUCGGUGAUCAUCGUGAAGGAGUGACUGGAGCCCGCACUUAUUUCUACGCCGAUGAGGCCAAAUGUGACCAGCAUAUGGAGACCUUCAUCAAAUGCAUCAAAGCAUCUGGUGGGAGUUCAAUGGACGGUUUCUCUGCCGUCAAAAUGACUGCUCUUGGACGACCUCAGUUUCUGCUUCAGUUCUCAGAAGUCCUGGUGAAAUGGCAGCGAUUCUUCUCCUUCCUGGCAUCACAGCAGGGAAAAGAUGGCAUGGAGGCCUUAGAGCAGAGGCUGGAGCUGAAACAAAUGCAGGAAUUCCUGACCAAACUGGGUGCAAAAGGAGACUUCUAUGACUGGUUUAGUGGGAGGAAAGAGGAAUCUUCAGGAACCAUUGACAUGCUCGACUGGAACAGCCUGAUAGAUCAUAGAACAAAUAUAUCGGACCUGCUGGUCAUCCCAAAUGUAGAGCUAGGUGAGCUGGAGCCUCUGCUGGAGAUGUUCACUAUAGAGGAAGAGAACCAAAUGAAGAGGAUUUUACAGCGCAUGGACGUCUUAGUCAAGCAUGCCAUGGAGAAUGGCGUUCGCUUGAUGGUAGAUGCAGAGCAAACCUACCUCCAGCCAGCUAUCAGCAGACUGACAUUAGAGAUGCAGAGGACCUACAACAAAGAAAAACCUGUCAUCUUCAACACCUACCAAUGCUACCUAAAGGAAGCCUAUGACAGUGUAACUAUGGAUGUAGAAUUGUCUCGACGUGAGGGUUGGCAUUUCGCUGCCAAGCUGGUGCGUGGGGCCUACAUGUAUCAGGAGCGAGAGAGGGCCAAAGAGAAUGGUUAUGAGGACCCUAUUAACCCUGAUUAUGAGACUACCAAUUGGAUGUACCACAGGUGUCUGGACUAUGUGCUGGAUGAGAUUGCACUCAACAGGAAUGCCAAUGUGAUGGUGGCUUCCCAUAAUGAGGACACAGUGAAACACACCUUGAAGAGAAUGAAUGAGCUGGGUCUCUUACCCACAGAGAACAAGGUGUACUUCGGUCAACUACUGGGCAUGUGUGAUCAGAUCAGCUUUCCACUGGGCCAGGCCGGAUUUCCCGUCUAUAAGUAUGUCCCCUACGGGCCGGUGAAUGAGGUGAUGCCCUACCUGUCUCGGAGGGCCCAGGAGAACCGAGGCUUCAUGAAGGGUGCCCAAAAGGAGAGGGAGCUGCUGUGGCAGGAGCUGAAACGCAGAGUUGCCUCUGGGGAGCUUCUCUACAGACCAGCGUACUGAAAACACAGAAGAAGAAACAAAAGGAGUGUGUCAACGUGUCAAGUUUUUUUUUCCCACUUUUUUUCAUCUUCCCUGGUUGACGGCUGCUGCUGUGGCUGUCUGUUCUGUCUCUCCCUCAGCACAGCUCUCCCUGGUUGUACAUCACCUGUUCUAUCCUGUCCUGGAGUUUUCUUGCUGAUGGACUGUUUCGGCAUGUCACUCUCUUUUUCUGUCUUCCCACUAUUGUUUUUCUUCAUUCUGUUCUUCACUGAUGUUACCCACCUUCACCCCCUCAUCCUUUCUUCUCUGCACUGCCCAUGUUCUCUCUAUUUCUUUUCCUUAUCCGCCUCUGCAUCCAUAAGUAUCCUUCAUUUUGUCUUCCCGUUGUCUAUAGAGCUCUGGUAUCCAUCAAGUGGGCAUCUUUACUGCUCCAAAAGGACUCCCUAAAAUGUCAACGAGACCGUGGCGGGCGUCUGUUUUUAUCACCCUAUUUAUCUUGGAGAGGGAUAACAAUAAUAAAAAUAACAGGCUUGAUUUAAAUGGUAGUAAAGGAAACAUCAAUAUUCUCCUCCUAUAUUAUGUUUUUUUGACUCUUGGACAGCCACACAGUACCCCAAGGAGGAUUCUCUGUACUUUGUUUGAAGUUGUAUUGCUGGUUUGAAAAUGAUGCCUGUUUAUGAAUCAGUGAGAAAGUAUAAACGGUUUCCAUCCAGCACAUCCCUCUUCUAAGAGUGCGCAAUGCUUUUGUUAUUGUAUUUACUGGAGGAUGCUAUAUUCUUGGUCACUGAGGUGUUACAAGAGAACAUACGGCGUUCGGUAUUCAGUGAGUGAAUCUCCUUUUAAUACAGACGCCUGCAAGACUGGCGGGUUGUGGGUUUUUUUGUUGUUUUUUUUUUCAUGACAAGAUAAUAUGCAAGGAAAUAAUAACUUAGAGGGUUGGUUUUGGUCUUAUUGCGUUUUGAUGGUUCAACACUGUGCAGUUUUUACCUCUGACAAUGUAAAUAUGUUUGAAUCAGGUAAUGCCGUCUGUUGGUUUUACAUGUCUCACUUUAUGGACCUGUGAAAUUGCUCAAUGAAUAAAUAUGCAUUGUUUGAAUAUCAAAA